AUGGAUAAUAGUGAACGCGAACAAAUAAAUACGAAUGAAGAUGAGAAUAAUUACGUAGAAGGGUGUUGUGAGAAUAUGAGUAAUAGUGAAAAUAUUAGUUGUGAUGAGAAUAUGAGAUGUAGUGAGAAUAUGGAGUGCACAGAACAGUUACCUGGAAAUAGUACUAACAGUGUAACAAUGAAAUCUAACAAAAGAAAUAGGCAGAUAGAUCAAGAAGAGAUGUGGAUGACAGUAACCAGACGAGGUAAACGUUUUGCCAGGACGAGUAAUAUACACGAUAAUAUUCGGAUACCUGAAGAUAAAAUUGAAAUAAGUUUAACGUCGACAAACAAAUUACCUAAACAGUUUGUGUUGGCAAAAUUAUUAAAAACGGAAAAUAUCCAAGAUAUUACAAGUAUCAAGUAUAUUAAUGCAUACAAAGUUCUUAUCCAGUGUAAUAAUGAAAUCAGUGCAGAUAAAAUUAUUGAGUCUGAAACAUUAAAAGAAAAAGGGUUUAGGUGCCAAAGAACGUUGGAGAUAAGACAAACUUAUGGUGUAAUCAAGGAUAUCGAUAUAGAAUGUACAGAGGAAGAAAUACGUGAAAGUUUGAGCUGUGAGUUUGAAGUUAUAGGAGUUAAAAGACUGAAACGUAGAAAUACCAUUAAUGGAAAUUGGGAACCUGGAGAGGCAAUUAGAGUAAGUUUUAAAGGAUCUUCACUACCCUCCUAUGUUAACAUAUUUGAUACCAGAGCUACUGUUAGGCCUUACUUAUACCCUGUAACACAGUGUUCACGAUGCUGGAGAUUUGGCCACAUAGCUAAGAUGUGUGCAUCAGUAAAAGAAGUUUGUCCGAAAUGUUGUAAGGCCCACCCUAAUUGUGAUACCACAGUUUUUAAAUGUAAUAACUGUUCUGGAAAACAUAUGGCGUUGUCACGUACGUGCCCCGUAUAUAUUAAAGAAAGAAGAGUAAGAGAACUUAUGGCAGAAUUCAACUGCUCAUAUAAAAGAGCUUUGACUCUCUACGUUCCGCCAGAACAGGAUACUUAUCACAGACACCCUGAAUUUUCAAGUGAAAAAGAAAAUGAUGGAGAAGAAAGAGAUCAUCCCGAAGAAGAAGGAAAUGACAGUGAACACUUAAAUGAAGAAAGAGAUAUAACUACGACAACUGUCCUCACGCCAGCCAGAGACACAUACUCUAAUAUAUUGCAGAGACCUGGAACAAGUAACUAUCAAUCGCAAAAGAAAAAACUACCCAAAGAGAAAUCAAAGAUUAAAAAAACAAAAGAUACUCACAUUACACAUUCGGAAGAAUUUAUUUGUAGCGAUGAAGGUACAACAAGUUCUUCAGAAGAAAUAGAAACGAGAAAGAAGAGUAAAAAGAGAGCAAAAGUAGGAAGUUGGAAAAUGAUUUUCACGCAAGUCAAAAAUAAGAUCUGCGAUAGUAAUACUAGCAUUGAAAAUAAAAUAAAAGAUUGCUCAAAAAUAAUCUUUGACUGGAUAUCAUCCUUAGUGCUUCAAUACUUAAUGAGAUUGCCUUUUUUUGCUCAUAUUAAACAAUGGACAACAGUAACAGACACAAACAUCUAA